AUGAACAGAGAACAAUACCACCAACUAGCAACAACUCAACUAUCGGAUGAAAAAUUCUAUGAGAGACUGGAAAGAGAUCCUUCAAACUGCUACCAACAAAGAGGGAACAAAAUGAUUGGGGAAAUGAAGAAACGAGGCAUAAUUGAUGAAGAACAAGCAAGACAACUCACAUUUUACAAGGGAACCAGCCCAAAAUACUAUGGCUUACCAAAAAUACACAAAGCAGAAUUAAACCUCAGACCAAUAAUCUCUUCGAUUGAUUGCCCAAAUACAGGAAUAACCAAAUUCUUAACAGGUAUCCUAACUAAUUCCUACAACCAAGAAAACCAGUAUUAUAUAAAAGACUCGUUCGAAUUUGCAAAUUUUAUGAAUGACUUGAAGCUCCCAAGUGGUUAUGUGCUGGUGAGUUGGGAUGCAAUUUCAUUAUACACAAACACUACCUUAGAUACAGCCAAAUGGUGCAUCAACAACAAGUGGGAAGACAUUGAACCGAACAGCCCAAUUAACCAAGAUGAAUUCUUGAGGCUGUUAGAAUUUCUGUUCGACACCAUCUCAUUCUCAUUUGAAGGAUCUUACUACAAACAGAAAGAAGGAACCCCAAUGGGAUUACAAAUCUCAGGGAUAAUAGCUGAAUACGUGAUAGAUGAGGUGCUGAACUACACAAAACAAAAACUGACAUGCCAAUUACCGUUUAUAAAAAAAUAUAGAGAUGACACCAUAACGGCCAUGCCAGAGGAAUUUAUCCAGCAGUCCUUACAAAUAUUGAAUUCCUACGAUAACAGCAAAACGCUUCAGUUCACCAUAGAAGUAGAAAACAACAAAUCCUUACCGUUCCUGGAUAUGACAGUGAUCAGAGAAGAAACAGAAGAGGGCAGUACAUUAAUUACUGACUGGCACAAGAAGAAAAUAUCAUCCAACAGGUACAUCCACCACAAAUCCUACCAUCCUUUUAACAUGAAAGUCAACAUAAUAAGAAACCUAAAAACAAGAAUAACAAAAAUAUGCCAUCCAAGAUUUAUAAACAAAAAUUUAAAAAUAUUGUCAGGAAUACUAAGAGAAAAUGGCUACCCAUAUGGGUUGCUAAACAAAAUCAUUCACGGCACACCAAACACCUUAGAAAGCCCACGACAAAUAGAAUCACUGCAGGCAACGAAUGAAGAACAAACACGAAGAUACAUCACCCUGCCAUAUAUUGAAGAGUUAUCACCACCACUAAAGAAACUGAUUCCUAAAGAGAAAUUUCAAGUUGCGACAAGAAACGUAAAACCACUUAGAUCAAUUUUUACAAAUCUAAAAGAUCCCACACCAACACUACAGCAAAAUGGGGUGGUGUACAAGAUCUCAUGUAAAGAUUGUGAAGGAGUAUAUGUGGGACAAACGUCGACCACAUUAAAGCAACGUCUUUCAGGCCACAAAAGCGACAUUAACAACAGCAGAAGAAAAGAAGUUGUGCAUUAG